AUGGGCGAGUCUGCGGUUACUACUCUCGCCUCCGUGCUGGUACUGGGAGUUGGCUUCGCGGGUGCCGGUUACGUGUACCAUAAGAUGUACAAGUAUCUGCAGUUAAAGAAGAUAGAAAACGCUUUCGAACCAGGAGACCCAGUAUUGGUGUUAGCAGCCGUAGGAAAGGAUAUUCCAGCGCCGCCUAAUGAGCAACACUGGGUUAUGCGAGAGGAACAAGCAAAGAUCGACGCGAUCAUCAACGGGUCCAACAAAGGCCACUACCACCUGAUUAUGGGCGAAAAGGGCAGCGGGAAAAGCAGUAUGUUGAUAGAAGCCAUGCGGAAGGUUGACGGAGAGGGUUGCGCCAUGUUCGAAGCGCAUGCAGAUCUGGAGAUCUUCAGAAUCCGGCUAGGCAAGGCCCUCGAUUAUGAAUUUCAUGAGGACUAUAUUGGCGGAUACUUCAGCGAGCGCGGGCCGAGAGAAUCUACCGCACUGCUGGAUAUUGAAAGAGCGAUGAAUAAGCUAGAGAAGGUAGCACUGUUACACCGGGCGAAGAAGAACAAACCUCUGCUUCUCAUCAUCAACCAGACACAUCUGAUUCGAGACGAUGAGGACGGGAGGGACUUGUUAGAGUUGCUCCAGCAACGGGCAGAGCAAUGGGCGGCGAGUAACCUCGUAACUAUGAUAUUCAACAGUGAUGAUUAUUGGGUAUAUGAGCGACUCUUUCAGCGGGCUACUUCGCGUAUGGAAGUGAUGUCGAUCUCGGAUUUACCGAAGGCGCAGGCAAUAUCAGCGCUGCAGAAAUAUCGACUACGAUACUUUGGCGAAAGAGCUGACGUAUCACUACUUGAAGCAGUCUAUGACCGAGUCGGCGGUAGAUUAUCGUUCCUAAAUCGAGUAGCUAAGUCCCACAAUAUGCUAGGGACAUGCGAUCGCAUCAAGGAGAGCGAGAAAACGUGGUUUCUCAACCAGUGCUGGAUCCUCGGAUCUGAGAUGGACGACGAUGUGAUGGACCAGCAAAAAUGGGCGAGCGCGGCUAUGGUUCUUGCCUUGGCCCUUGUUGACAAGGAAGAGGAGAUGGAGCAGACAUACGACCCCGAGACGGGACACGUCCUGCCGUGGUACCGGAUGCACAAGGCCCAAGAAAUCAUGACCCGAGCCGACUUCAUCCGAGAUUUUGAUCGGUUGAACUUCUUCACCAUAACGAGCACAGCUCAGGUCCGCGCUAGUUCCGUGCCUAUGCAUCGCGCGUUCAGGGAGAUAUGCGCCGAACCUGGAUUCCGGGAGUUUCUCCAGGAUACCUUGGACCGAAUUGCCGCCAUCGAAAGUUUAGGCCGUACGAGAGAGUUGGUUGCGAAGGACCUAGUACUUGGCGGCAAGUAUCAAAUAUCCAAGCCCGUCAUGACUAUGGAUGGUAGGGUGGAAGUGAAACUUCAGCAGCCGCCCGAAAAGGACUAA